AUGAAGUUCGCAAAGCGCAGGCGGAUUCCUGCCUUUGGCUCCUCCGCCUUCCGACCUGACUUUGCACUCUCGACACGCCACCAACCCCGACAAGAUGAUGCAAUGCCAGACGACAGCCGCAACCUCGGCGACGACCCAAGUCAGCCCCGGGUGAGAGAGCAGCCGCCCAUCGCAGAGGCCGAGAUAUUAUACGCAGCCCGCCUCCAACACGCCGUGACCGAAGCCACCGCAACACCAGACCUCGCGAGCGGUCCCGCAGCCCUCCCAGGCCCCCCAAUUCCGCUCAUCCGUAUCGUCACAGAUCCAGAGACUCUAGCAGAGACGGGGCCCAUCGCCCUGGUGAUUUGUUCCCUCGACACAGGCACCAAGGCCCUCGAGGCACCUCUUGGGGUCGCGAGGCUGCACAUCCCACCGAUUCACGCCAGCCGCCCCCUCACCAGCCCAGGGAUCCUCACACCGACGAGUCUGUCCGACAGCCAUCACGACCACGGUCACCUCUACCUGCUAAGCGACGGAGGAGUCGCAGUCCUCUUCCCAGUGCACCCUAUCCGAGACGCUCUCGUCACGAGCACGGCCCGCGAAGGUUUGAAGGGGAACUAG